UUUGUUUUGUAAACAUACACGAGAAUGUUGUUUAUUUCCGAUAGUGAUAAAGAUUUCUUAAGAAAUUUUAUCUGACAUUGUUCUUAUUUUUAAAUAACUAAAAUAAGUUUUUAUAAAAUUAGGCUAAUGUUAUUUUGUCUUCACACUAAGUAUAUGUUUCCUUAAAGAAAAUUUGUUACAUGUUUCCGCCUUUAUGAUAAAGGUAGCGAAUUUUGCCUUACUUUCCUCCAUACACAGUUUGCAGUAACUUUACUGAAUAAAAUUUUCAAAAGCAAUAUGUUAUUAAGAAACUUUAGUCGAAUUUUAUUUUAUCGGAGUUAUUUGCCACGAUCAUUUUCAAAUCCUUUUUCCUCAUUACCAUCAGAAGUAACCGCUGGUAUUUUAAUUAUUGGCGAUGAAAUUUUAAAUGGGCAUACAAAAGACACAAAUAGUUACUUUUUAAUAAAUAAUUUAAAUUCCUCUGGUCUCAAAAUAAAGAAGAUAUCAAUAUUACGAGAUGAUAUAAACGCUAUUGCCGAAGAAGUUUCGGAAUUAUCGAAAAAGUGCACUGUUGUUUUGACCAGCGGUGGUAUUGGACCUACCCAUGAUGAUAUGACGUAUGAGGCAGUGGCAAAAGCAUUUGGAGAUACUCUUGAUAUCAACACAGAAUUGUUUUCAGUGUUAAAAGAAUAUUUUGGCCCUAAUGCAGACGAAAAUCCAGCAGUCAUCAAACUUUCUACCAUUCCAAAAUCAGCAAUUUUGAAUUAUGGUAUUGAUAAAUAUGGCAAGAAAGGAAGAUACCCAUUAGUGUCUGUCAAAAAUAUAUAUAUGAUGCCAGGUGUGCCAAUGCUUUUGGAGCGAUCUUUCCGGAUUUUUAAAUCGAGUUUUAUGCUUCAUAACAAGCCGCUACAAGUGAAAAACAUAUUUCUUGCCAUUGAUGAAUUCUCUGUUACACCCAUUCUUAAUGAAGCUGUGAAAUUAUUUGAAAACCACAUUAAAUUUGGAUCUUAUCCUGCUUUCAGCGAAAAUUACUACAAAGUGAAGCUUACUCUUGAAAGUGAUGAUGAGGAAUGGAUAAACAAAGCAUGCUGUUAUUUUAAAGAAAAAUUGCCACCAGGGAGUAUUGUUUCUCUAAAAGAGAACUUAUUAGAAUCUGCACCAGAAAAAUUAUUUGCAUUUGCAAAUAAUAAUUCUUUUCUUCAAUCAGCUAUUUUGGUUACAGAAGAAAUUUUAUCUCAGUAUUCACCAUCGGAAAUAUGUAUUUGUUUUAAUGGUGGUAAAGACUGCACAGCAUUGCUUCACUUAUUGUACUGUUGUGUUCAAAAAAGAAAUCCCGACAACUGGAAUAACAUAAAAAUUUUGUAUGUUAAAAGUGGAGAAACAUUCAAAGAAGUGGAUACUUUCAUUGAAAGCACUGUCAAAAACUAUAAGCUGAAUCUAAUAACUAUGAAUGGAAAACUAAAAGAUUCCUUUAAGACAUUUUUACAGAAUUAUCCUAAAGUGAAAGUUGUUUUUUUGGGUUCACGAAGGGGAGAUCCAGGAACUGAAAACUUAAAACAUUUUUGUCAAACUGAUGAUGAUUGGCCUUCAGUUCUGAGAGUUCUACCAAUUUUAAACUGGUCAUAUUCAGAGGUGUGGCAUUUUAUAAGAAGUUUACAACUGCCUUAUUGCGUUCUAUAUGAUCGUGGCUAUACAUCUUUAGGGCUCAAAUCUGGAACAGUGCAAAAUCCCUCCCUUUUAGUAGCUGAUAUUAGAGGUUUUCGUAUUUACAACCCAGCUUAUAUGCUGAAAGAUUCUAAAGAUGAAAGAAACAGUAGAUUGUAAAUUAAUUUGUUUUAUGAAAAUUGUAUUAAUAUUUUUAUAUAUUAUAUUGAAAUUAUAGUAGAUAUUUUUACAUAUAUUAAUUCCAAAAGUCAAAAUAUUAUUUAAUUUUCACAGCAUGUGCUAUUUUUGAUUAAAAAAUAAAAUAAUAUUAAUUUUUAUUGUUCUGUUAUGGUAAUUGCAUAAUUUUAAAAAACUUAUGUUUGUAAAGAUGAAAUUUUCUAAUCCUUUAUUUACUUGUUUUCUGAAGUGCU